AUGUCCCCAGAAGUCCUCGAUGCAACAGACGACCUUCCAGGCGCUUUGGUGUCCGAGUCCAACGUUGUCGAUAAUGCAUCUUGUAGUGAAUGCAUCGUCGUGGUGACUUCUGACGAAAUGGAAGGCAGUGUAGAGAGGGAAGUCGACAAGCUGACAGCCACAGUGGAGAACCUGUCCAAGCAGCAUGAUCGCUUGCUUGUGGAGAGGGACAGCCAGGCUCGCCAGAUUGCCCUGCUCACUGAAAAACUCAAGGAAAAGGAUAAAGAUACACAGACUGCCCACUUAACACGCCGAGCUACAGAAUCACACAUUGACAAGCUGCAAGACAACCUAAACAGCAAGGAGAGUGAUGUCGUGAGGCUCACAUGUCGAGUGAGAGAGUUGGAAACAGAAGCUGCAUCAGGAGCCGAGUCCCAUUCCCACCUCCUGCAAGAAAACCAGAGGCUUCAUGAGAACUUUACACUUGUGGCGAAAGAGCACAAGAACAUGGCAUCUGACUUGGAGAAUGCUGUACCACAGAAGAAAGAAUUUGAACUUCAAAUCCAGGAGCAUGUGAUUAAAGUGGCCAAAAUAGAAGAGCUCCUGCGUACAAGGGAUCGAGAGAGGGAAGAUCUUUUGAACCAGCACCGGUCCCUUAUCUCGGCCAAUGCUGAUCUGCUGACUCAGGCCGAGCAGAGCGAGAAAGAACAGGACAGCAGUGAUGCCACACUCAAUAGCCUGCGUCAGCAGCUUGCACGACACAUGAGUGUGACGACAGAGCAGGAGCAGAAGCUGGCUUCACUGGGAGCAACUAUGGCAGCCUUGCAAGAGUCCCUGCAGCACAGCGCUGCCGAGGGAAGUCGGCUGAAGGAGGAACUUCAGAAGAGCUCAGACAUGCGCGCAAGGCUCGUCGAGCAAGUGGAAUCGCUUCAGGACCAGCUCGCCAAAGAACAAACUGUCAACAAUCAUAUUUCUGGGCACUUGAGGCGCCUGACGGAAAACUUUUGGAAACGAUGGACCAAAGAGUACUUGCUCCAACUUAGAUCUGCACACUUCUGUGACACACGGAGCAAGAACAAUGUUAAAGAAGGCGACGUUGUACUUGUACAUGCGGAAAACCUUCCACGCCAAAUGUGGCAACUCGCAAGGGUGAUUGAAGUCUACGCAGGAGAAGAUGGAUGUACAUUUAACUGUUAA